AGUUUUCCCACAAAAACUGGUGUACCCAUUUUAUGCGUCCAUGUUUUAUAUAGCCUCUUGAAUGACUUGCACCAAUAAAACCAGACUUUACAAUUAUUUCGUGGAAAUUUGCUAUUAUGAUUAGACUACUCGUAAACUUUACAAACGUCCUUAAAGGAACGUACAUAGAGAUUAUAGGACAACUUUAUUCGACGCUCUCUGAGAACUCUAUACGCUGUUUUUUCAAUAAUUGUAGAUAAUUUAAUGAAAGUAUUCGUUGGGAUCGAAAUGACUGGACAAAGUGUUGAAUUUGAGCAAAAGUUUAACUAUCGUAGGCCAAUGUAUACGAUUUUUGACUAUCUUUGGGAGAUUCCUCAACAUCGAGAAUGUUUUAAGAACUUAGCAAUAGAAGCAGAACAAAACAUGGAAGCUGUCAAUCCUCCAAUAUUUUUGCGAUUUGCCAAUCUUCUCAUUAACGACGCGAUCUUUCUUUUGGACGAAGCUUUGGCAAACAUGGCGAAGUUAAAGGAGAUGCAAAGGGCACAGGACAAUGGAGAAUGGAACAACCUCAAUGCACGAGACAGGGUGCAAAACAUAUCUUACAUGCAGCACAUAGGAAAUAUGGCCAGAUUUGACAAUAUUUUAGGCAAAGAUACUAUCAUUACUUUGGAGAAGUUGACGUCCGAAAUCUCAAGGGUCUUCACUCACUCUACUAUGGUUGACAGGAUAGCGUCGAUGUUGAACUAUUUUCUCUUGAACUUAGUAGGACCAAAUAAAAAGAACUUUAAGGUAAAAAAUGCGAAAGAGUACCAAUUUGAUCCAGCGGGUACUGUGUUGAAAAUAUGCAAGAUUUACGUGAACCUGAAAGACAGUGAUGCAUUUUGUCUGGCAGUUUCUCAAGAUGGUCGAUCGUACAGCCCUAGCCUUUUCGCGUUGAGUGAGGAUGUUUUGGUUAGAAUAGGAGGAGGCAGUCUAAUCGGAGAGAUGAAAGAGGUGGCCGAAAAGGUAGCAAAGAUGGCGCAUGAGCACGAGGCACGAGAGGAAGCAACAGCAGAAGCUCCCGAGCAUUUCUUAGACCCCAUCAUGUCCACGCUGAUGGUAGAUCCUGUCAUUCUGCCUAGUUCUAAGCAAACCGUUGAUAGGACCACGAUUGCGAGGCAUUUGUUGAGUGACCAAACAGAUCCAUUCAACAGAUCACCAUUGUCAAUGGAACACGUGAUUCCUAAUACUGAACUCAAAGCAGAGAUCGAGGCGUGGUUGGAAGAAAGAAGAAAAAAAUAGUUUUUUCUCAGUAAUAGAUGGAACACAAUGCAAAUGCGAGUCGCGUGAGGAUUUAAUAAAUAAUUUGACCUUUACGUAAAAUCCCUCAAUUUUGUAAUUUUAUUAUAAAAAUUAUUUACCUAUUAAAUUCGAUAUUUUUGUUAACGUUGCAAUUGGUAGAACUGUGGAGCAGGUGUGUAUACACUAAUGCAGAUUUGUGACCUAUUAAAAAUAUGCAUCACUAUUUCUCAAAUUAGUUAUGAAGAAUUUGGAUUAUAUAGGCAGCAAGGCAGCUAUUCAAACAUUGUAAUCUGUUGUUAUCUCUUAGAUAAAAGUGAAGUGCUAAGCAUUCUUCAGCCUAUACAAAAUCUUAAAAAGUAUAUGUUUCCAAAAGGAGGAAGAAUGAAUGAACCCAGUAACUGCCACUAAACUACCCAAUAAUUUAAGAGUUCCCAUACCUGUUCAUAUUCCCGUGUAUGCUUGCUUCAUAGUAUGUUUUAGCCUAGUUUUUAUUUUAUUGGCUUCACAGAAAAAAGCCAAAAAACAGGUACACAAGCUUUCAAUGGCAGCGAUGCCUAAUUUUGCUUCUGCUAAGCGGGGCUGAUGUGGUUGAAGGUCAAACCAAAGAAUAAGUUAUACCAAGAAAAGACAGUUAGAUAAGGCAAAUAAAAAUAGAGAUAGAUAGAGACGUAACCUUAAACAUGGCAUCCACAAAACAGCUGAUGCGUCCAAACACGUGUUGUUCUUAUUUGGUUAGAGAUAAAUGCGAUGUUUCCAGACGGAUAGAUAAUCAUUUAACAAACCCAUGCCUACUUACAGGGAAGAAUUGUAAUCGCUAAAAUUUUCGGAAAUGGAUGAUACAUGACAUAUGUACAUCACGAAAAACCAUGUCACUUAUUUCCGUCCGUCUGUCUGUCUGGCUCUGCCCGCUAAUCCUAUAAUCUCCUAUAACUGAUUGCCUUUUCAUUUAACGAAAAUCUCUGUCCUCCAAGCGCAACUUUUAGAUGAGGGAACAAAAAGACGUAGCUUAGGGCUAGAUCUGUUAAGUAAGGCGGAUGGUCAAGCAGUUCAAACGGUAAUUCGUGAGGCGUUGUCUUGGUGAAACAGGAUUUUUUUCUGCAAAUGUGGCCGUUUUUCAGAAAGCUCUGCCUUCAGCUUGUUAAGCAAUGCUGCGUAGUAUAUUCCUGUAAUGUUUAUUCUUUUUGAAGAUAAUAUGUUGAAAUAACUCCAUGACUAUCCCAAGAAACAGUCGCCAUCCUGUUGAAAACAUUUUUUUGUAGCAGCUCCCCCUUUGCAGUCCACUGUUUGGACUGUAUGAUUGUUUCAGGCAUAUAAUGGUGUAUCUAAGUUUCAUUUACAGUAAUUAAUUGGCGCCAAAACUCGGAUUUAUUGCGCCUAAACUGCGCCAACAGAGCGUUGGAAAUGUUUAUUCGAACACGUUUUUGGUCUAACGUGAGCAAACGCGCACCCAACGGAAAGCUUUCUCAUAUCUAAAUGUUGAUUUAAUAUGUGACAAACACGUUCUUUUGACAUGUUCAUAACCUCUGCUAUCUCUCUCACUUUAAUUAUAGAUGGACUAUCGGUAGGGCAGGGAAAUAAUGUUUAUGGACUAAUUGUAUGGGUCUGUUUGACUGACUUUUCGGAGGGUCUAGUUUAUGCUGAACCAAGCAGUAGCUAGCCAUUCCGCGCCUAGAAAAAGCUGCAACUCACACUUCGCCAGCAUUCUUUGCGAAACCAACAGUAUCAUCAUCAACACAGAUCAUUAGUACGCUAAUUACCAUUGCAGUGUAUCCUUCCAGCUACAGUUUAUGCCAUAGGAACUAUAAAUGGUCUCCAAAAGCUCAUAUCCAAAGCAGAUGUUACAUAUCAAAUCAGAGCCAAAACCAUAUAGCUCAAGCGUCAUCACGUUUAGGAAACGUUUAAUAUAAGUAAACAUGAGGUGGCCUUUUUCGGAGAAAAACCUACAUAAUGUAUUAUAAAGAUAUUCCAUGAAGUGUCUUCUCUCGGUAUAACUACUCUUUGGUCAAAUGACUCAACAGUAGUGGAGAAAAAGGCGCAUUAGAUUCCAGUUUGAUUACUUUUCUCGUAAUCUAUGUUUCACGAUUCAUCGCGUUUAUCUACGUGAACAGAUUAUCAGAAAUUGAUAUCUUUGUUUGUUUAUAACCUUAAACAUGACCCCCAAUAUAACUAGCGCCAUAUACCUCUAGCGCUCUUCAGAUUACCCUCCAUUCUGUAGUUGCGAAUUUGCAGUUCUAACAUUCUGAUUUUUGAUGACAGACAGAUAUUUGAUUAAUUUUAAAUGAGCAGCUGUAAUAUUUCCAUCGUUUGACAUUGUUUGAAAACCAUUGUUAAGUGAUGGUAAAAAUAAACUAUUUUUUGUUUUA